CCUCGCAUUAAAAUGGAAGCCGACCAGUUUAUGAAUAUCUUCAAAGGGAAACGUAUCAAACUGACCACUAAAACUGCGUCUUACCUCGGAGUCGUCCAGCGGAUCAACCCCAACAGAACAGUGGUUUUGGCCGAUGUUGUUAGUGUCAGCAAUGGAUGCAGAAUUCCCGGCACGAAAUUGUUCUUUGGGAGAGAGGUUGUUAAUGUGGAACUUAUCAAUGCAGACAGAGACCAUGGAAAUGAUCAGCAGAACAAACCUGAGGAUCACUUGACUGUAGAGAAUUUCCAAUCAUACAAGGGUCCAAUCUCCAUGUAUGAUGAUGAAGAUGAAGAGGAGCAUAUCAACAUUGAAGUCAUUGAUGAGUUCCAUGAAAAAUUUGGACCUGCUGUGAUGCACAUCAAAAAGCAGCAAGUGAUUGGUGUCGGAAUUGAUGGAGUUGAUAUAUAUACACAUGGGAGACUGUCUUGGCUGCAGAUUGCCACAAAAAACAAGGUGUACCUAUUUGAUAUCCUGUUACUUGGUGCUCGGGCCUUUAACAAUGGUCUCUCCAUGAUCCUUGAAAGUAACCACAUUUUAAAGGUCAUUCAUGAUUGUAGAGCUAUUGCUGGAUGUCUGAUUGCUCAGUUUGGUGUAAAGGUAACAAACAUCUUUGACACACAGGUGGCAGAUGUCAUGUGCUUCUACUCAGAAACUGGAGGAUUCCUGCCUGACAGAGUCUGCACUCUCCAUGAGGUGGUGAGUCUCCAUCUGAAAGUGCCCUCCUCCCAGCUCUCGUCUCUUCAGAUGAAGUCACAGAUCACAAAGGAAGAGAGAGAGAUGUGGUACAAGCGUCCUUGUCCUGUACCACUGCUGAAGGUGAUGGCUCGGUCAGUAUUCCACCUACAGUCUCUCAGACUGGUGCUGCUGGACACACUUAUGACAGACUACAUGACUUUGGUGGAUUCAUAUCUCGGUAGCUGCCAUUAUGAACCUGAUGAACUAGAGCUUAUCAGCAUGGACAGUGUUUUGGAGUUGCCCAAAGAGCUCAGAAAACUGGAGGAAAUACGUUGUGAGCGUCGUGAGUGGGCUGUCAGCCAUUACCCUGUAACUGAACAGGGUCUGCUGUCUCGAUUUAAUCCUCAACCUCCGUCUCCAUCUAAGCCCCCACCUACAGAAGGAGAUGGCCUCAAAGACGAAGACACCUCUAACUCUGCAACACUUUCAUCUGCACAAACAGAUCAACCCCCCAUGAGCCCUGCAAAUCCCACUGAUGCUUCGUCUUCCAAGUGUGUGGAUAUUCUUGCCUCCCCAGACCCAGGAUCUGAGGAUGCAAUGCCACAAUUUGGGACAGCAACAUCUUUGAGCAUCCCUCUGUCUGUGCAUCCUCUGCCUACACCUGCAGAGUCACUGAUGGACACAGUGGGCAGAGGAAGGCUCCUUGGGAAGGAGCAGUCAUCCUUCCCACUCUGGCCAUCACUGGGAAGAGGCUUUUUCCUCCAGAUACCAUCAUCCCAGAUCCCCGGAAAUAGCACCUGGGAAAUGGAAUCUUCUAGGCCCACCCUUGCAUCCUCCCAGGAAACAAAACGCCCACCUGACAGCAGUUCCAGUGACUUGACUAGCCCACAGUCUGGCAUGUCACCGACUACCCUGUCACAUUCCUCUUCGCUCAGCAGCUCAUUCAGGUGGCCAGCACCUGCCCACUUCCUGUUUCUCAGGCCUGGGAGGAAGGAACAGGGCGCUUGUCACACGGUAGUCACCGCUUCCUCCCUCCUCCCUCCCUCCCCUACUCCUAAACUUCAGACAGUGUUGUGUCCUUGAGGGAAAGAUGACUGCACCUUUAGCAUCACAGCAGGAAGCUGCCGAGAUAUUUUUAGACAUAAGUCGGAAAGGGAGAAAUAUAAUCAGAUAUCAAGUUCCACUGUGACGCUGAACUAUAUCCCUGCAGCCAAUCUUCCAUCUGUUUGGAAAAACCUAUUAAUACUUGCUGCCAUGGAAACAGCUUUUAUGGAGAUUGAUGAUGGGACAAAAUGGGUCCAGCAGGAGGGAGGGCAGGAGGAGGCCAUCUUCUCUUCUGCCUCGGAGCAGUGA